AGGAACGACAGCUGCGUUCCAGGCGGAAAACCCAUCAGCUGGAAGUGGCGGUGUUAGGGGUGGUCGGGACAUGGGAGGGGUGGGGUAGUGUGUUCAGAUUUACCGCACGAGUCAUCAUCUAUGGCCCCCUUAGUCACGCGGUUUUCGUCGUCGCUAAUGCCAAGGGAUGAGGCCAGUGCUCCGUCGCCGGUCGGCCGGCAAUGCCGCGCCGCAACGGGAAUGUCGCGGUUCGAACCCCGCUCGCGGUAACUUCGCGCCGUCGACAAAUGGCAGACGCGUCGGGUAGUUCGGGUGGACGCCGCGGCGGUGCGCCACCCGCACGGGAACACCAACCUCAACAGGGUUACCACAACCGCCGCUGGCGGCAGCACCGGAGAGGCGGUGGCCGCGGUGGUUGGCGGCGCGGCCGCGGCGCAGCGCGCGGAGCGCAAGACAGCGCCGUGGGAGCGUCAGCAGUCCAAGAUGGCAGCCGUGGGGUGCUGACGGCUAUGGCUGACAGUCCUGGAAGAGGAAGUUUAAGGUCUCCACAAUUACCGUCUGGAAACGACAGCUUGACACCCCCCAGGGGCAGGGGAUUAAGUCGGCAUCCGGCAGCCAGAAGCCCCUUGGUCGAGCGCAAUCGCGCUCGUCGAAGAAUUUCAGAGGCCUUAGCGACCGCUAAUUCUGCAAGCACAACUAGCGUCUCCGUCGCAGAGGAAAGUGUUACGAAUCGGCUCCAUGGCAACACUGGCAGCAGAGAUGACAGCACCAGAACGCAGCCGCUACAGCAGCAUUCAACUUCUGUCCCACUUCUGACGCCGCCGCCAAGUGAAGAUGAUCCAAACGUAGACAUACGAAACAUAGAGAGACCAGCUGCUGAAGGUAGCAGCCAAAGUGACCCUGAAGAAGCGCACGACCCCGAGACCGAAGAACUCUCACGCCUGCGUUGCACAAGCGAGAGAACAGAAGUCAUCGCCGAAAGAGAAAUAAUUCGACAGAGGAGAUGCGCCGAUUAUCCUGGCUUCGCUUUCGGAUCGUCUAUAUUUGGUUCCGAUACUAUGAUGAAGUUCAACAUCAUAAGAAAUGAACUUCAGAACAUUAAAAACUCACAGCUAAAAAGGGUUAGUAUGAAUUUGUGUUAAAAGUGAAAUUGAAUG